UCUGGGCUCAAGCAAUCCUCCCACCUUGGCCAUCCAAAAUGCUAGGAUUACAGGUGUGAGCCACCUCACCUGGCCAGCAAUAAUUAGUUUUAAUACAGCUUGAAUAUUUGUUACACAAAAAUAUAGUUUGGUAAAUUUUUAGUCUUAAUGUACUUACUGUGCUGGUCAUAGUUUCUCCCAAUGAUUAUGAUUGGGACAUUCUUUGGUAGAUGCCAUUUUGCUGCUAGUUCAUUUUGUGGUGAGAAAGUCAGUAAAAAGUAAAUGUGCCAAAUUAACUUUUGUCAGAAUGUGAGCAGAUGGCUAAAUUCUUUCCUCCCCAGAAUGGAUUAACAGCAACAUGGAAAGUGGAGGAGGGGGGCGGAUGGAGAUUUUUAGAGAUUUUGAAACUGCAGUAAGAUUAAAUGAGUCAGGGAGCUUCAGUUAGAAAAUAAAGUUAGGGCAGUUUUUGUGAAGAAAAUUAAUAUUUGUUAGCACUAAAGUACACUAGUCUUUUAGCUCAUUCAUUUUACAUAGUUUUAAAAUUAAAAAUAAUUCCAAAAAUAUGCCAGCUCACAAAUGAUGAAAGUGUCAGCCUUUGUCCCACCCUCACUUCCUGCCCAAAGUGAAUUUGGUGUCCAGAAAAGACCUAUUUACACCAUACACCUUUUCUCUCAGCAUAUACACACUGUGGGUAGAUGUGCCAAUAUAUGGUAAUACUCUUAGUUUCAAGAUACAGGAAAGUUAAUAUUCUGCUCUAACCACAUAAGAUUAGGGUUCUUUGCUUAUAAUAGUACUUGGGAUUUCUGUUGAACUUGACAAUUUUCAGAGCACUUUCAGUAGCAUUAUUAUAUCAUUUGAACCUCACAACUUUCUUAUGAUGGGGCUGAGGAACCAAAAUUGAGUAAAUUGUCCAGGAUCCUUGUGUAUGUUAUGAGCAGUGCUGGUUGGUUGUCUUCAGAAUCUUGAAAAUCUUUAUGCAAGUGCUGACUACUUAGAGCAGGGCUUCUUUCUUAUAGAUGACUUGCUGUUCUUUAGGACAGGGAGCAGUGGCAUUCCUCUCAGAGCAGUAUUUAGCAUCUUUUUGCCAUCUUGGUUAACAGAAAAUUCUAUUCUCCUGUUUUUCGUGGCUGAAAAUGCAAGUAAUAGUAAUUUUGAAUAUGUUUUUAGAAACGGCUCCUCCCCCAGUUGUGUUCAAGAGUGCAGGAGUGGAAUCUCCACUAAUGGGUCUCCUGCUCCACCCUCCUGGUUUUCACCCCUGGCUGGCUAGUUCAUUUGGUUUGAGGAUGGCUAGCAAGCCUGGCUCAUUUCCUUUAUUGGCUAGUUAGCUUUCUUUAUUAGCCUGCUCACUCACAUAUAUAUAUAUGCCCUCAGCCAGAGAGCAAGACAGCUCAAAUCCACUAUAGCUUCUUAAAAAAAAAAAGAAAGAAAAGAUUUCUAAUUUAUUCUACUCAUGUUAGGAGCAUAUCUUCGAAGGUAAAACAUAGCAUAUCAUUGUGUAAACUCCCAGGCUUGAUGGUAGCAGAGACAUUAUUUCUGGAGGUUUCAGCAAUGGAAUUUGGCAUUAUAAGAUAAGUUGGACAUAUCAGAUACUCCAAAGUGGUCUGAGUUCUUAAAUCCAGGUAGAGAACUCACUCUUCCUUUCUGCUCUGGACCGAAGGGGGCUUUGGGUAUUUAGUGAGUCCAUAGACCAGUAAUGGAUACACCUAGGCUAUUAAUUGAAAAUGAACACUAUUUAGAAGAAUAGCUUUUGGAGAACUGUGGUAGUUCUAGGGCGGGCUCAGGAAACCAUAGAUUAUCUAUAACCAAAACUUAGACUUCAGCCUCUGCCUCUGAGUAGGUUUUUCAGUGUGUCUCCCUCUACAAGCCCAGGCUGGCCUUUCAUCCCUGACAGAUGGCAAUGUGCUAGCCACCUCCAUCUCCAGCUGUAAACCAUAGCUGGUUCAGCUGGUUCUCCUGUGGCCUUUGUCAUGAUACCAGGAUACAGAGAGGAGCCAGGGACAUUCACACCUACCUCAGGGUAACAGGGCUGACCUAGGUUUAGUCAUUUAUUUACUUUCCAGGCAAACCAUCCAGGUGAGAAGAUUCUCUUUCCUUUUAGGAUAGCUCUGAAGAGCCCUGCUCCUGUAUGUAAUGGCCUAUAGCUCAUCCUGCUCAUAGUCAAUGUAGACCCCUCACCCCUGUAUUAAGCCAGGACACUUGCAAUUGUUAAAAUAGGAAGGGAUUUGGAUCUUUAACUUUGCUGCCACCUUCUCUAAAGCAGGAAAAAUGAACAUGCACUUAAAUAUCCUUUGAACAAACCAAAGUUUAAGAUUUGCCAUGUGAUGGAGUGACAGGGAAAGCCAGAGUUAGCAGGUGCCAGAUUUUCUGUUUCAUCUGCCACCAGUUUGUCCAGCUCAGGCAGCUCUGGGAGCACCAUCCUGACCUAGCAGAGCCCAGGCUUUGCCCUCAUGAAGGAUAAUUGAAAUAGAAGGAGCAUUUUGAUUUCUUGGUUACAUUGCAUUAUAACAGUAAGAGUCCGAACAUUAAUUUGAAAUUGUCUUCAACAACUUGCUGUAUGCAUUUUUUCACACCAGUACAUUCUUAAAUGUACUUGUUCAUAAGGAAUAACAUAAACUAAUCUGUACCUUUAUAUAUAUGUGUGUGUACAUAUAUACAUGUAUAAACUGUAUAGUGUACAUGUUAAUGAUUUAUUGAUAUGCCCCAAAUCUUUAACACGGUUCUCAUCCUCCGCAUGCCCUCAGUUGUGGUCAGGUGACCUCAUGUUCCCUGAUGACUCUUCCCACCUCCUGUGUUUGGACCUCCAGGGAAGAGGGUUUUGGUCGUACUCUCCUUAUCCUCGUGCACAGAAAUGCUCAGGGUCCCCAUGUGCCUGUUGUUCAACCCUCUCUUGUCUCUUCUUCCCUUUCUGAGCAUGUGGUCCCUCCCCAAGCUGUGGGACAGCUGCCUUCCUAUAAGAGUGUAAAGCAGUACUAAGAUCUUUACUGCAUGUGCUCUAAAAACUCAAGUUUUCUGUUCCUUUGGGACAGAAAAUUGCAUGUGAGGUGGGAUAAUCAAGUUUCAAUGACCCAUGUCAGUUAUACAACAAAGCCAGACCCCCUAAUAAAAUUCCACAAAAUGGAAAUAAAACUCAAAUUUCUUUAGCAUUGUGUAAAUAAAUCUGGAUGUGUUUAACUUUGUACUGGUAAUUUUCUGUAUAUUUGCAAUAUUUGGGUUAGAAAUAAAACAGACUGGACUUUGUUACCUGACGUACUAGGAUGACUAAGCUACAGUUUGUUAAUGUGAAAGCUUUUCCGGUUUCCCAGCUUCAAAAAUCAAACUCCAACAACCAGAGAAUAGGCCGAUUAAAGAACCAGGAUGGUGCAUUUAUAGCAUGAAGGUAUUAGGUAAUUUGUAGGGAAAACAACUUAUAAAAAAGUGAAGUUUUCCCCAUAAGUUAUCUAAUUUUCUUGUUCUUCAAUUUGUUGUUAUUUAUGCUCAUACAGAUCUACCUUCUGUGGGUGUUUAUAAGACCAGUUUUCUUGUUCUUAUUCCCAUAAAGUCUAGCAGACCCACCCGACACACCUUCUUAGGUUUCAGUUGCUUUGUUCUCUGGACACAGCAGCAUAUAAUUAUUCUCCUGAAUCCUGUGUUCCUUGUAGUGGGUUUGAUAACUUUCCCUCUGCCUCUCAUAUUUCUCUUGCUGCUCUUACUCAUGGUUCUUCCUCAUCUGUUUCAUCUAAGAACUUUCAGAGAGCUGCAGCUUUCUUCUCUUCCAAAAUGUUUCCUUCAGGGGAGGUUCCUGCCCACCUGCCUUGAGCUGUUAGCUAUCCCACCCUGCCAGCCUGGCGUGAUGUUUCCAUUUAAUACUCUGGUGUCUUGGUCUGAAGACGACAGAGCAAAGUCCUUAUUCGUGGGGCCACCAUCUGAUGCGAGAGUUUCUACCUCAGGAGAUUAUCUAAGGUGUAGUUGUUUUAUUUUAAGAAAUUCUGUCUAACAGUAUUCUAAGACUUCCUGCACCAGAAUCACUAGGUUGCUUUUUAAAAUGCAGAUUCCUGGAUCCCGCCCCACAUCUACUGAAUUACACUUUCUGAUGGGCAGACCCUAGGAUCUGCGUUUUAAAUUUAAUUCUUUACACCUUCAUUUGAACAAACAGCUAAGACUGAAAGCCUGAGCCAUUCCUCACCAAAAUAUGGGUUGUGCGGUGUAAAAAGGGGGUGUGUUUGGAGACUGUCUGUAUUUAUGGGAGCCUUGGCUGGGCCAGACAAGACAAAUAGUUCAGAAAGAACUUCAAACUAGUUCUGGCACAAGUCUAGCCUUUUACUAACCAAACCAGCCCCAGAAGCCAACCUCCACAGUCACAUUUUUUGGUUGUCCUAGCCCCUGAUAAAUAGGUUCCUGAGCCCCUGAUAAAUAGGUUCCUGUAUAUCUACAGGUUGUCCUGGACCUUAGCCCCUAUACUAGUUGCAAAGAGGCUGGAACUCAUUCACCCUAAAAUAAUAACAUGGGCUCCUGGGAUCUUAUCAACUGCCCCCAAAUUGAGGACAAAAAUGUGUAAGGAGCCCAUUCAACCAUACUCAUUUUUUUUUCCAUGAAAAAAAAAGGCAAAGGAGGGGCUAUAUGGGAACUCUGUACUUUACACUCAACUUUGCUGUGACCCUAAAACAUCUAUAGUAUAUUUUUUUAAAGUAAAGAGAGGAUUUUGGCUUCUGGAGGUAAGAAAGUGCAGUACAAUAGGAAACCAGACAAUUUGGAUGAGUGUUCAACAAGUGUAGGCAACAGUUUGGUAAGCAUGGAAAUCAUAUAGGACCUUUAGUGUGUGACUAGCACCUAUGAUGGGCUGGCCACUUUUCUAUAUUUUUAUCAUUGUAUCCUCAACACAGUCAUGGCACCAUCAUCCCUUGUUGCAUAGAAAGGGGACCUGAGGCUCAGAGUGAGUGAUUUGCCCAGAGUCACCAGCUGAUGAAUGAGUGGACGGCCAGAGGCCCCGCUCCAGCCCUCUGAGCUGUCCUGCCUGCACCACUGCUGCCUCUCCCUUUAUUUGUACUUUAUCUCAUGGCAAGGGAGCCAUUGACAGCUUUCAAAGGGGGGAAAUGCUGGCCUGACCUAAAAAUAGCUUUCAUUUAUCAAGCACUUAGUCGGCUACAGACUGCUAAGCACUUUACAGAGAUUACCAUUUUUAAUCCUCACAAUGACCCUAUGGUUAUUAUUAUCUCCAUUUUACAGAUGAGGAAACAGACUUAAGAGAGACUGAUGUGCUGCAAGUCACACAGCUAGCUGGUGCCAGAGCCAAAGUGGAGGCUGGCAGGCUGACUGCAGAGAGCAAACUCUCCCACCACUGCACUGGACUCCACGCCCAGGGGGGAGGGGGCUGGGCCCUGUAAAGGUUGAGCUGAUAAGACUUUACAACCCACUGAAUGUGGGAGGGGAGGGAGAAAGCAGUUAAAGGUGUGCCUGUGAAUCAAAUAUGCUUGGGACCCAAACACCCUGUUGAGUGAGCUGGAGGUCAGAAGCUGAGAUGUCACCCAAUCCUGACAGAAGCCAGAGGUCCCUUUCGGAUGGUCUGUGCUCAAACUUUCCCCUCCCUCCCUAGUGCCAUGAGGGGUGUCAUCUCUCUCCCCAGAUAACAGAGCCACCUCAGCCCUCCUCCUGUGGCUAUUCUGGGCUGCACUCUCAUCCCCCUCUCUUCCUCUAGCCCCUACUUCAGCCCUUGUGUUGGGAGUAACUGAGUGGGGAAAGGCCAGCCCAGUUACAUAACUCUGUGGCUGGGACCCUGGGAGGCCAGCCUGGAGAGCAGGUGCUCAGCCCCUCCCUCACCACCAGCAGUGAAAAUCUUCAGCUGGAGCCCAGCCUCUGGGUAGGCCCAGCAUGGAGGCAGCCACAGCUCCGGAGGUGGCCUCAGGAUCCAAGCUGAAGGUGAAAGAAGCCAUCCCAGCUGAUGCUGAACGACCCCAGACUCCACCUGGACAGGGGGCUGGCUGCCCCACUCCCCAGCUCCUGCCCCCCAUAGAAGAGCACCCCAAGAUCUGGCUACCUCGGGCCUUGAGGCAGACCUACAUCCGGAAGGUUGGGGACACAGUGAACCUACUAAUCCCGUUCCAGGGCAAGCCCAAACCUCAAGCCACCUGGACACACAAUGGCUGUGCCUUGGACACCAGUCGUGUGAGCGUGCGAAAUGGGGAGCAAGACUCCAUCCUCUUCAUCCGGGAAGCCCAGCGUGCUGACUCAGGUCGCUACCAACUCCGUGUGCAGCUGGGCGGGCUGGAGGCCACUGCUACGGUUGACAUCCUGGUGAUCGAGAGGCCAGGCCCUCCUCAGAGCAUUAAGCUGGUGGACGUUUGGGGCUUCAAUGCUACCCUGGAAUGGACACCUCCCCAAGAUACAGGCAAUACAGCACUCCUGGGAUACACAGUGCAGAAGGCUGACACAAAAUCUGGGCUGUGGUUCACGGUGUUGGAGCGUUAUCACCGCACCAGCUGCAUUGUCUCUGACCUCAUCGUCGGCAACUCCUAUGCCUUUCGCGUCUUUGCCGAAAACCAGUGCGGACUCAGUGAAACAGCCCCCAUCACUGCUGACCUUGCCCACAUCCAGAAAGCAGCUACUAUUUACAAGACCAAGGGAUUUGCCCAGCGAGACUUCUCUGAAGCCCCAAAGUUUACCCAGCCUCUGGCAGAUUGUACUACAGUCACUGGCUAUGACACCCAGCUCUUCUGCUGUGUCCGCGCCUCCCCCCGGCCCAAGAUCAUCUGGCUAAAGAACAAGAUGGAUAUCCAAGGCAACCCCAAGUACAGAGCCCUCACUCACCUGGGCAUCUGCUCCCUAGAAAUCCGCAAGCCUGGUCCCUUUGAUGGAGGCAUAUAUACCUGCAAGGCAGUUAACCCCCUGGGGGAGGCAUCUGUGGACUGUCGAGUGGACGUAAAAGCUCCUAUUUGAGGAUAGCUAAGAGGAGGACGUGGGACUCUGAGAAAGUGCCUCCAGGAAGCCAGACUAUGGCAAGACUGUGUUCAUAAGGAGCUGCAGCACAAUGUCUGGUUUGGACUAAUCUAAAUAAAUGUGUGGAUCUUCAA